UAUGAAGCUCUGCUUAUUGCCAGGUGCUUAGGCAGAUGAUCGUGUGGAGCUGCCAUCUAGAUCUUACCUGGGAACCCAGCUGAGCUGGUCUUUCCCUGUGCUCCUGGAGAGAAAUCUGAUUGAUGCUCUGUCAGAGGCUUUAAUUUUAUUCCUGUUAUGUAGACAUGUCAAUAUUUACUUGAAAUAUGACACAGACAAUGCAUUUAGAUAGUCUGGGAUCUGAGAUAAUGCUUCCACUGAGGAACUAUGCAGAAAUUUCAGGGUUUGCGGGGCCUUCUACUGAGCAAGGGAAAUAGCUCUUUAAGAGUCUUAAUACCCUCCAAAAUCCACAUGAACUGCUGUGGGAAAAGCUGUAGCACCCUUUUGACUCCAUUCAUCCAUGUUUAGGCUCCUAAGGUGUUUGUUUUGCUACCUGAUUAUUGUGGAACAUUGUUGCUAUUCAUAUUUUAUUUUGCUUACUCACUAAAGAUUAAAAUGGUGGGAACUGGAAAUGGGGAACAGAAAGAUGCUGAAAUCAAUCUGGAUCUGUCUCCUCUUGUCCUUCAAACAAAGAAAGAGAAGGAAGAGGGGAAGCUUUAGUAAAUCAUGGAAAUUUACUGUAGUGGGAAGCAUAUGGCUAAUAUAAAGCUCUGUUUGUCGGCAAGCAUUAUUCAGGCUUCCAGGGCAAGGACUCAGAUGUUGUUUAUCAGUAUUAUCUUAACCCAGGGGCAACAGUUAAGUAACAUGCACUGAAUGUGGGCAGUGAGGAGUUGUGUCUAAUAUUUUCCUAUGUUAAAAUGAUUGCUUAGCUGCUUUUGAAACAAAGCAAGUGUUCCUUUGCAUUUUUUAUGAUUAUUCAUGUUUCCUCCUAAAUAUUUAGUCUGCAAAUUUGAGAGAUGUUACAGUUGGUAAGAAAGACUGUGAGUCAUGUUUAAAUGUGUAGUUUUGAAAAAGAGCUUCAGAUGACAGCUCUGGGUACCUGUAUUCUUCAUCCUCCUCUGUCGUCUUCUUAUUAUGCCACCAACAUAAUCUUCUAAAGCAAUGCUGGUGUUUUCAUGAUUCAGCAAUCUCGAAUAAAGGAACCUAACAGUCUGUUGUGCUGAUUUUUAUAUUGUCUUUUAAGGUAUGAUGAUAACAAAUCGAUGCACGAUAUUUCUCAGUAUCAUACAGUGCAGACAGUAGGCCUUGCAGGCAAUUGUUAUCCAGACUGAAAAUGCAGCAUAUAUAUUAAAAAUGACCAAAUACGUGAGAAUAUAGUAAACCCCAGCCCUGUACUUGCUUGUCGUUUCCAUUUUGCUUGCGAUUGGCUGGCAAGGGCUGCUGCUGGCAUUGCACAAUUGGCUUAGAUGGGGAAUUACAAAACAGGAGCAGAUCCCUCGGUUGGGACUCGGUAGCACAUGCAGCUGAGCACAGGCAAAAAAGAAAGGUCACCCAUACGCCUGGAUCUGAGCGGGAUCUCUCUCACAGAUGUUUCCAUUCCGGAAAAGCGCAUCUGAUCUCGUUUUUCUCGUCUAUGAUUUGGAGCAUUUAAAUGCCGUAGGGAUUUUUUGUUUCGGUGAAUGUAAAAAUGCACCAGGGAACAAGUUUGCAACCUGGAGGCAUAUGAGGAUUUCAGAUGCACGCGGUGGUGUCGUGGAAUGAUCAGAAGGAUCUGCAUUUUUAAGGAGUACUAAAUAUCAGUGAGAAGGAAGGUGAUUCAAACAGAAGGUUAAAAGCAGAUGCAAAAGGAAAACAGUUUUGUUUUGAUCCUGAAAUUACACUGAAAACAGCAUGAAGGAGGGAUUCCAUCAGCACCAAAACAAUGGAAAAUCAAAAGGGUUUAUUUUCCUCUGAAAUAAUCUCAGUACAAAAAAUGUAAAAACAAUCUUUCAUGAAAAAGAAGAAUUCAUUAUUAGAAUAUGGUUUGAAGCUCUGUGGAACAUAUUUGGAAUUGCUGCAUCUGUGUGGUAUAGCAUAUCUUCAUCUAAAGACCUUAAAGAUUCUGUACAAAAAGUUUACGAGAUGCUGGAAUUGGAUUUAUUCUUGUCAUAGAUCGCAGGCAGGACAAAUGGACCUCUGUGAAAGCUUCCAUACUGCGGAUAGCAGCAUCUUUCCCAGGAAACCUGCAACUAGUCCUCGUUCUGCGCCCAACAGGAUUUUUUCAUCGAGCUCUCUCAGACAUUGCUUUCAAGUUCAACAAAGAUGAGUUUAAAAUGAAAGUACCUAUCAUAAUGCUGGGCUCCGUGUCAGAACUGCAGGGUUACAUUGAUAAAACACAAUUAACAGAAGAUCUUGGUGGCACCCUGGAUUACUGCCAUCACAGAUGGCUGUCCCGUCGCACUGCUAUAGAAGGUUUCGCCCAAAAGGUUAAGCAAACAGCUCAGAUUCUUCAGUCCUUUGGGACUGAGCUGGCUGAAACAGAACUACCAAAUGAUGUGCAGUCAACCAGCUCCCUUCUUGCAACACACACAGAAAAGAAGGACAAAAUGAAGGAGGAUAUCAGGUUAGCAGUAGAACAGGGAGACGAUAUCCUUGGAAGUAUUACAAAGCCAGUUACUGAGAAUCCUGAAUACAAACUGAAUCAAGAUCAACUAGACAAUCAAACAACAGUAGAAAGGCUUCUGGCUCAAUUACAUGAAACAGAGACUGCCUUCGAUGAGUUUUGGAUUAAGCAUCAGCAAAAACUUGAGCAGUGUCUGCGCCUUCGGAAUUUUGAACAGAAUUUUAGAGAGGUCAAAGCAGCUUUGGAUAUUGUGUUUGAGAGAUUGUCUGCUUUCACCGAUGUGGGAAACAGCUGUUCGCAUGCGGAGCACAUAUUGAAAGAUCUUGCCAGCUUUGAAGAAAAAUCAUGUGAAACUAUAGCAAAAGCCAGAAUGCUAGCCUCAGAGGGUGAUGCUUUUAUUCAAAGCAGCCAUUAUGCUGUGGACUCGAUUAUUCCAAAAUGCAGUGAACUUCUUCAUCUCUGUGAUGCCUUCACUACUGAGACAGAACGGAGGAGGAAUCUUCUUAACAAAUCUCUAGAACUGCAUGGCUUACUAGAAAAGUCCAUGAAGUGGUGCGAUGAAGGGAUUUAUCUGCUGGCUUCACAGCCAGUAGAUAAGUGUCAGUCUCAGGAUGGUGCAGAAUCAGCAUUACAGGAGAUUGAGAAAUUCCUGGACACUGGUGCGGGCAAUAAAAUCAAGGAGUUGAAUAAACUUUACAGAGAGUAUGCGCACAUCCUCAAUGAGGAUCUAAAGGAGCAUGUGCAAAAGGUUUUCCAGAAGCAAGAAAGUAUGGAAGAAAUGUUUCAAAAAAGACAAGUAAGUCUUAAGAAACUGGCAGCUAAGCAGACACGUCCUGUUCAGCCAGUUGCACCAAGACCUGAAGCCUUUAUAAAAUCUCCUUGUACGUCUCCAAGUCUUCAAAGAGAAUUUGUAUCCAACUCAGAAAGCAGUGCACUUCGGAGGGUAAACUGCAGAAGAGGAAAGAGUGAAAUGACUGAACUCCAUCAAAGUAGAGGAGGAUCUACAAUGGAUGAUGAAGAAAAUCUAGCUGUGUUACGGCAGCAUGUGAUUAAUGAACUUAUUGAGACUGAACGAGCAUAUGUGGAAGAACUUCUCUGCGUUCUUGAGGGGUACGCUGCAGAGAUGGACAACCCCUUAAUGGCUCAUCUCAUUUCACCAGAACUCCAGAAUAAGAAGGAUAUCUUGUUUGGGAAUAUGGAAGAAAUUUAUCACUUUCACAACAGAAUAUUCUUGAGAGAACUAGAAAACUACAUAGAAUACCCAGAACUAGUAGGACGGUGCUUUCUGGAACAGAUGGAAGAUUUCCAGAUUUAUGAAAAGUACUGUCAAAAUAAACCUCGAUCUGAAAGUUUGUGGAGGCAGUUUUCAGAUUCUGCAUUCUUUCAGGAAUGUCAAAGAAAACUCGAUCACAAGCUCAGUUUGGACUCAUACUUGUUGAAACCUGUGCAGAGAAUAACCAAAUACCAAUUAUUGCUAAAGGAAAUGCUGAAGUACAGUAAGAACUGUGAAGGAGCUGAAGAUCUUCAGGAGGCAUUAACUUCUAUACUGGGUAUUCUCAAAGCAGUUAAUGAUUCUAUGCACCAGAUAGCCAUUACAGGCUACGAUGGAAACCUGAAUGAGCUGGGCAAGCUUUUAAUGCAAGGAUCCUUCAAUGUCUGGACUGAUCAUAAAAAGGGUCACUCAAAAGUGAAGGAUUUGGCACGCUUCAAGCCAAUGCAGCGACACCUCUUCCUCCACGAGAAAGCAGUGCUGUUCUGUAAAAAGCGAGAAGAAAAUGGAGAGGGAUAUGAGAAAGCACCUUCUUACAGCUACAAACACUCCUUAAAUAUGGCAGCAGUUGGAAUAACAGAAAAUGUCAAAGGUGAUGCAAAAAAAUUUGAAAUCUGGUAUAAUGCAAGGGAAGAAGUGUACAUUAUACAGGCACCAACCCCUGAAGUUAAAGCUACUUGGGUAAAUGAAAUCAGAAAAGUGCUGACAAGUCAGCUGCAGGCAUGCAGAGAAGCCAGUCAGCACAGGACAUUAGAACAAACACAGAGUUUACCUCUACCAGGGUCAUCUUGUUCGAGCCCUUCACGGAACAACAUCAGAAACACCAGAAAAAUGGAGGAGAAAAAAGCUGAUCUCACAAGUCUAGAAGUUUAUGGCACUGCAGUAGCACCAAAGUACCCUGAGAAAGGCAAAGAUGACACUAGCUCUACCUCAGAAUGCUCUGUACUGUCAAAAAAGCGCUUUACGCUGCAGGGCUUUACUAACCUCAAAAGUCAGAAAGAAACUCCAUCUCCUUCUGCUAAAAGCCAGACAUUGCCAAUGAUCCUUCUUACAGGACCAGCUUCUCCUACCAGUCCUGACAAAAAAGCUAAACGGCAUGAAGUAGUGAGUGACCCAACUCCUUUUGGUUUAAGAGGCUGGGCUAAAACAUCUCAUUCUCUUGAUGCAUCUGAAGAAAAUGAUGGCUGGUCUAGUGCUGAAGAUCCGCUGAAUUCAUCGGAUGCAGAGGAAGAAGGAGGAGGAGGAGGAGAGAUGAAGCUGACUCCUGGUAAAUAUACAGUUGUGACUGAUUAUGAGAAAGGAGUUUCUGAAGAAUUUACAGUGAAAAGUGGAGAUCUAGUUCAACUGAUUCAUGAAGGGGAGGACGGACUCUGGUAUGUAAAGAACCUGAGCACUGGUAAAGAAGGUUGGAUCCCAGCAAACAAUCUACUGAUGCUCAUAGGCAAUUCAAAAUCAGCUCAAUCUUUAAGCAGCUCUGAAUCAGGCACGGCCUCCAGCACUUUGAGCACAUCAUCAAGUUGCAGUGACAGCUGUAAUGCCAGCAGCACCAGCUUCUCAGACAUUAAAGGCUAAUAUUAAAUUUUCACUUCACCUUCACGGAAGAAGGUAAAUCCAGAGUUUGUCAUUUUGUGCAGAGUUCUGGUUGUGGGACUCGAACUGAGAACCACCAGUUCUGUGUUGCCAGCUUUGAGUAUUUUCACUGGUGGCUUUUACAGGUUCUCCCAGAAGACUCCAGUGAAAAGUGCACGGAACGUGAAGCUGUAAAUAAAAGUUAAACUGUUUUGAAAUAGGGUCUUGCAGAGGCUUCUGUUUCGAAGUCCAAAGCUGCAGAGAUGUUAGCAUAAAACACACUCUUCUUGACACACAAUCAGGUUUCUGCAGAACUGUGUCAUUUUGUAACAGCCAGGAUUGGAAUGUGAGCAAACAAAAUGUGUUCAGUGCUGAAUCCUUAUUGUAAACUAAUAACCCAACAAUCACUGUACAGGGUAGGUAUGAAGAAAAUCCAAGUUUACAAUUUCUCCUCCCAAAAAAAACCCAUCCUCCAAGGACAUACCUCGGUCAAUGCAGUGAAUGGGACUCUCGGAAUAACGAGGAAGGAGGUUUAGUCCAGCGCUUUGUCUUCUCUUGGAUCUUCAGGAUACUCUUCUGCUUCCUAGAGACUGGGAUGCAGACGUGACCAAUUCACUGACGGCAACAGCAUCAAAAAAAACUGUUAUUUUAUCCUUUCCAACCUUUUAGUGAUAUGUGCAAUGGAAUAGCUCUUUUCUGAGGUGUUUUGGCCUCACAACUGGAUUCUUUACCAAGAUCACUGUGUUUACGUAGCCUUGGCCAUUUAGAAUUUAGUAGUGUCUUUUUCUUUACGCAGGUGCACAACGAAACACAAAUGUUCUUAUUCACUAAAUGACUUCUUAAUAAACGGUAAUUGCAUGGUUAUCUUCAGCUCUCACAAUUAGCUGUUACAGGCAGAGGAAACUACUGUGGCUGCACAAUGGGUCAAGAGCUUUCCUUCAGACAGACCUAUGAGGGCUAGAAACCAGAUGUAUUUUUAGUCAAUAGUGUUUGUUGCAGAUUUAUUAAAAUAUAAAAACAUGAUGACAUGAUUUUUCUGUAAAAGGGGUGCACGGGAGAAAAAAAAUCUUUAUUAGAGUCAGAUUUAUGCUACAGACAAGUAUUUUAAAUUUUUUAAAGGAGUGGUAGUGCUAAACUUGCCAUUUUUCAAGGGAUGGUGUAAGCCAAUGUUGUAAAUUUUCACCUUGUCAGAUGUUCUUUGCACUUGGUCCUCACAAACAGUCCAGAACUGUGUGCAUGUGUGGAAUAUUGUGUUCAUUCCUGCCCACCUCUCAAGUAUUUUUACUUAUAUGAAAAGAAGUUUUAACUGAUUCAUGUAUCAUAUUAGUUAAAAAUCAUGAGGACAUUAAGAGUGUAAUUUUUCAGAAGCAGUGGGAGCUGCUGUUAAUCAUCAGACCCUCCGAUGGCUGGGACCUGAAGUCUAUCUUUGUGCAGGAGUUUUAGAUUUUAGAGGCUGUAGCUUAGGGGAAAUGUAAAGGACAAAUACUCUAAAGGAUGAUUUUACUCCUGAGCUGCAAAAGCAACCCUGUUCCACAUGCAAUCAAAAUGCAGCUGACCAUGGUCAGUCCAAAUUGAAACAUAUAUAUACACACGCACAUAUGUUCAUGUACAUAUAUAUGUGCAUGUAUGUGCUAGUGUGUAUAUGUAUGUGUGUGUAGAUAUGUAUAUGUGUGUAGAUAUAAUGUAUCAAUGUAAAAGAUGUAUUUAUAGUUUCCAUGCUGCUGAAUGUGUCACUUUACAAUUCAUAAAUACUUAGGUUUCUUGCGAUACUGCAAUAUAAAGGCUGAUCAGGGUUUUACUUCAGGCAUCUUUUCCAACACAGAAAUCCUCUGAUCUUUUUUUAAUUAUUCCAUAUAAUACUGUGCUGACCGGGAACAUUUAGUCUGAUGUUUAACAAUGGAAUGGCAAUGUGAGAUUCAGCUUAUCUUCAUCUAUGUAAGUUAUUUUGUAAAUGAUCUGUAACAUAAAUUACUUAUAUAUUGCUGUCAUUGCUGAGACGAGACUGUCCUUUCAGUUCUCACUGCGGCCUCAUUUGUGUUAUUUCAAUGGUUUUCUCCACAUCAUUGCACUUUAAUACAACCCAUUUCACCAUUUCCUUUUUUACUGCUGUUGUGAAUUAGAACUUCCAAGUCAGAGGUCUCUAUUGUAAUUAUGAAAAUUUGAAUAAAUUUUGGCGCUUCUUGCUGAACGCCUUUAUAUAGA